AUGCAAAGUAGGUGGCUGCGUGAUAGCUGUGAGGAGCGACAAGAAGACAAGAACAAGAACAAGAACAAGAACCUGAUCGUAAGUGCUCACGCACCUACGGAAACCGCUGAGGACAACAGUAAGGACGCCUUCUAUGAUGAACUCAAUGCGUUGAUGUCUAAAAUACCAAGCCAGCAGGUGGUCAUUGUCGGAAUCGACGCAAAUGCGAAGAUGGGACUCGAACAGCAAUCCGAUGUGCUAGGAAAAUGGUACUAUGCAGCGGAGCGCACGUAG